AUGUCGAUUGUUCAUUCUUUGUACCAAAAAUUAAAAAGUUUGAACAUCAAGGCGUGGCUUAAGGAUAAAGAUUCAACUCCAGGAAAAUGGGAGGCAGAAGAAAUAGUGAAAUGUAUAAAUGAAAGUCGAAAAGUGUUGUUUGUGAUCACCGAAUGUUUUCUGGAGAGUGGUUGGGCCUCAUACGCCGUCCAGAUGGCGGUUACUCACGCCUUCCAUAACCAGCGUCAGAGUUCCAUUGUUGUCAUCAUCAAAGACGAUAUACCGUUAGAGAGACUCCCGAACGAUAUCAAAAAUAUAUUUUGGUGUAUUGAGUAUUUGAGGUGGCCUACAGAACGUGAAAGCGAUGAUUUAAUAAUGGUGGAGUUACCUAAUUUGCUUAGAG